AUGGCGGCACUGCUAGGGGAGGAGCCGCGGCUGGGCAGCACCCCGCUGGCCCUGCUGGCCGCCACCUGCAGCAGAAUCGGAGACCCCACCUCCUCCUGCUCCCCUGCGCUCUCAGACGGAGCACCGGGACUCGGCAAAGGUUUCCACCCGUGGAGAAGGAGUCCCCAGACCAGCAGCCUGAGUCCCUGCCUCGCCUCUUUCUCGGUUUCUCCUGGGACCUCCAGGACCAGCGGGCCCGGACUGACGGAGUCCUGCAGCGCCUUCACCGCAGCCGCCAGCUCUGCAGGGAACGAGUUUUAUCAGACUGCGGUGCCAUCACCAGACACCUGCGACUCCGCUCAGCGCCAGGUGUUUCUGCCCAAACUACCCCCCUCUGUGGAAAGCUUAGCGGGGAUUUACCCCAGGAUGCACGCGUAUGACUCGUGGUUUAAGCCCGUGGAGGUGGGCAGCGGGUCCCCUGCCUGGUGGGACAUGAGCACCGGCUGGGUGGACUCGCAGACCCCAGCAGGGUUAUCUCUGGGCGGAUACAGCGGGGACUACAGCUCCGCCUUCAGCCCCGGUCCCUCUCAGCACCUGCUCCCCGCCUCACAACACCUGUUUGACGGCUUCAGACCUCCGGUGCCAGCCCCCUACUCCGAGGGCACGGCGCCGCCUCCUGCUGGACCCCCCGCCGCUUCCCGACCCUCAUCGCGGCGCUACUCCGGCAGAGCCACGUGCGACUGUCCGAACUGCCAGGAGGCGGAGAGGCUCGGCCUGGGGGGCUCGAGCCCCAAGCGGAGGGGGGUUCACAGCUGCCACAUCCCGGGCUGCGGUAAAGUUUACGGUAAGACAUCCCACCUGAAGGCGCACCUGCGCUGGCACACCGGGGAGCGGCCGUUCAUCUGCAACUGGCUGCACUGCGCCAAGCGCUUCACGCGCUCCGACGAGCUGCAGCGUCACCUGCGCACGCACACCGGGGAGAAAAGGUUCGAGUGUCCGGUUUGCAACAAGCGCUUCAUGCGCUCCGACCACCUGAGCAAACACCUGCGGACGCACAGCGCGGAGGGGUCGGCGGCGGAGGGCGGAGAGCCGGGGCUGGAGAGGGGGAGCGACAGGGACGAGAGUCCGAACAGGACCACCGGAGUCCGGGAGGGGGUCCGGGGCGCUGCAGGACAAAGAGCCGCGGACUGA